AUUUUGUCCCGGUUUCAUCGACCUAACGAUAAAUAACAAUGAUCCGCACCCUUUGCUGAAUCCAUUUUCCCGUUUUGAACUUUCUGAGGUGUUAAAUAAGGUCAAAGAUUCCGCCCCUGGCAAGGACGGGAUCACAUAUAAUAUGUUAAAAAACAUGGCUCCAGAGGGUUUCUUUUUUCUCCUAAAAUUUUUCAAUGACCUACUGAGUGGACGAGAGGCUGUCCCUACAAGUUGGAGUGAGAUUGUGAUUUUUCCUCUUUUGAAGCCGGAUAAAGAUCCAAAUUUGUACAAUAGUUAUAGACCUAUAGCAUUGACAUCAUGUAUUAAAAAAGUCUUUGAACAUCUUAUUAAAAACAGGUUUCAAUGGUGGAUUAAAAACAAGGACCUUUUACCUGAUAAUCAGUUCGGCUUCAGGGGAGGAAGGAGUACAAUUGACUGCGUAUCUAUUUUCGUUUCAGCAAUUCAAACUGGAUUUAUGCAAAGAUCUGCAACCAGAGCAUUGUUCCUCGACAUUGAGUCUGCAUACGAUAGGGUUUUGCCGGAUAUCCUCUAUAAUGAUCUAAUAGAAAUGGGCAUUCCUCAAUUUUUAGCAUCGUUAAUUUUCAAUUUAACCCAGGAAAAACACUUUAUCAUGCGUCAUUCUGGUGUAGAAAUUUCUCGUCUAUCACGUUUGGGCCUUCCUCAGGGCUCCGUGCUUAGUCCCGUUCUAUUCAAUGUAUAUGUUAGAAAGAUUGAGGAUGCUCUGCCUAUCGGAGUACGGUUCCUCCAGUAUGCGAACGACAUAGUCCUUUUUUCCACACAUAAGGAUCAAAACUUGCUGGAAUAUCGUUUGUCUCGUGCAAUUGAGUCGGUAUACUCUUGGCUUUCAGAAAGAGGUCUUAGUUUGAACCCUGGUAAGUGUAGAGAUAUGAUUUUUGCCAAGAGAAUUCCCCUAUUUAAUAGCAUUUCCCUACAGGGUGCUCCUAUUCCUAGUGUCAAUACCAAUAAAUUCCUGGGAAUAAUUUUGGAUUCAAAAUUACUGUGGAAUGCACAUGUCCCAGAUAUGAGUUCAAAAUGCACAAAAUAUUUAAAUAUCUUAAAGAGUCUAACUGGUGUCAGAUGGGGAGGAGACCCCAAAACCCUUUUGUACAUUUAUAGAGCAUUAAUUAGGAGCAGAAUUGACUACGGCCUAAUAUUAAUAAACUAUUUUACACUCAAAAACGAGUCAAGGUUCAAUAAAAUUCAAUUCCAAGCUCUUCGUGUCUGCCUAGGAGCAAUGAGAUCAUCUCCUACAAACGCCCUACAGAUUGAGGCAUGUGAACCCCCUUUGCGUUUCCGAAAACAUUUUUUAACUGAUAAAUUUUUAUUAAAAAACUUUUCUAUUUCAAAUAAUCCAGUUAUUUACCACAUUGAAAUUCUAAGGACGAGCAUAUAUGCUCGUGGUGCCUCUGCAGAAAAAAACGAUCUGGUGUUGGCUAUGAAUAAUCUAGCAGACGUUCGCUGCCGCAUUUCUGUGAAAAAUAAACUCCCUAUCUAUUCUUCGGAUUAUUUUAAAUGUAAGAUCAAAAUUCCCCAUUGCUUUGAUUUGGGAAUACCCAGGGAUCCACGUCUGAAAACGUUUAAUAAUUCCAUCUUUAAGGAGGUAACUAAAAAAAAAUGGCCGGACUUUACCCAUAUUUUUACUGAUGGAUCAGUGGUUCCCUCAGUGUCUACAUCUUAUGGGGUUUACAGUGAAAAUCUCCAAAUUAAUUUCUCGUGCAAUAUACAAUAAAGCAGCUUCAAUCUUCACCGCUGAAUUAUGGGCCAUUUUUAAGGCAGCUUGUAUUUGUUUGGAGAGAAAAAUCAAAAAAUUCGUCAUCUUCUCCGACUCAAUGAGUGGCAUCCAGUCUAUUGUCUCCCAUUCCAACAAAACUACUACCCUGAAUAAUCUUAUUAUAAGCAUUAGGGAAAUAUUUCACGAUUUGGCCAUGGAAAAUUGUGUAGGGAUUCUUUGCUGGAUUCCUGGACAUAUGGAAAUCUCUGGAAAUGAGAAGGCAGAUUUACUAGCCAAAAAAGGUGCAGAUAUGCCAAUGAGCAGAGUCAAAAUUCCGUGGAUGGACUUUGUUAAAUUGAGUAGAGAUAAUUUAUACUCAAAAUGGAAAGAUUAUUG